AGACUUUUAUCACGUGCUGCUCAUCACGUGGCCCCAGAGGAAAAAGGAGUGUUUUUUUCGCGUAAACCUAGACUGCAAUUUUGUAAUAUAUCAUUGGGUCUCGUAAAACCGACACUGAAACCUAUUGGCCCAUAAAUCAUUUCUCAAAUUAUGAGUUCAUUGUACUAUGCGAACGCGUUGUUUUCCAAAUAUCAAGUGGCGAGUUCUGUCGUCUCUGCUGGCGUUAUUCCCGAGCAAACUCCAUGUGCCUUUGCGAGUAGUGCGGAGCGGUCCAGCAGCUACGACUCGGCUUUUACUGGUACACCGGUCUCUUCCUCAUCUUCCGUCUUAAUGUCAAACAUUUAUACUAACGGUGCAAGUGCUUCCAGACAGGGCUUCGGUAUGUUGCCCGCUGCAUAUGAGCUGGGGGCUGUCUCGUUGAACAUGCACAGUUCUCUGUUUGAGCAUCCGAGUCUACGCAUGGUGUGCGCUGGCGAUCUCUCUAAAGCCCAAAGCAGUGGUAAGGCAGAGCAUGGAGGCUAUGAUCAAAACAACGAAGACAACCUCCGGAUCUAUCCAUGGAUGAGGAGCACAGGUGUGGACCGGAAAAGGGGACGCCAGACAUAUUCGCGCUAUCAAACACUAGAGCUGGAGAAGGAGUUCCACUUCAACCGUUACCUUUCACGGCGACGGCGUAUUGAGAUUGCGCAUGCCCUUUGCCUGACAGAACGUCAGAUCAAAAUCUGGUUUCAAAACAGAAGGAUGAAAUGGAAAAAGGAGAACAAAUCUGCGGGUCCCUGCUCUCCUACUAUCGAUGAAGUCAGGGGCGACGAGGAGGAUGAGUAGCAGACUGUGAAGAAUCUGGCUGUCGGAAGAGCAAACUGACAUGUUUUAAAUUAUAUUACACUGAUGCUAAAGAUGCUACCUAUACUGUAGUCAAAUAUAUACUUACAUGUGGAAGCGGAGUGUUAAUUUGACAAUAGAAUGACAAGAUAUUAAUAAUAAUUGUGUAGCUGCUAAUUAAAAAAAAUGCAUAGCGAUAGUCCAUGUAAUCAACGAAAUAAUUCGUUUAAGAAAGUAUAGCCUAGAUGCCUAAAUAUAUGGCCUAUUGGAUAGGGUCUACCAUAGAAGGGAACAAUCUAUUUUAUAAUGAUAAGCUAUGCGUUUUUGUACCGCUGUCCAGUAUUAUUUAUGUAUAUGUGCAUUUUUGUUAAAUGUAUACAUGGAAAUAAACGAAGCCUACAGUUAAUCAUAUAAGAUGUAGAA